UUGUAAAUACGAACGGGGUUUUGUUGUGGAGUCCACAGAAGCACGUCUCACAAAGCUCCGCCCUCGACGAUUCAAAACGAUGUUCUUGUGCGAGGGACUGAGCGAGCGAGCGAGAGAGGGGGAGAGCGAGAGCGCAAUCGGUCGGAAAUCACUUCACUCUCACACAGGCUAUCCACGGCACACACACGCGCGCGGCGAGCUGCGGCAAGAGCGCGAGCCCCGGCGUACUCGGUAACACUGAACGGUGAACUGAUGAUGAGAGCACGCGCAUUGGACACUACCGGACAUAGCCUUGGAAGAUUUUUCCUGUUUCCACUUUUACGCACAGACUGCUGUUGAAGGUCUAAGUUGUUUUUUUUUUUUUUUUGGAGGAUGUUGUCGCGUGGAAUUGGAGGUUUCGGGAUGCUGUGAGCCCGGUCCGGAGUAGCGCUGGUUCGGGGUUUCCUUUCGUGCGCAAGGAGAGGACACUUCUCUCUGAUGUGCGUAACCACCAUCGGCCAAGUUGCGCGCUCUUGUUUUCUGACGUGACACUUUUCGCUAGUUUUAGUGGACCCUUCGUGUUAAAAAAAAGAGGAAUUUUAAGGAAAGCCGAGAGAGAGCUGACAGCGGAAAAGGGUGCUGUUUUGUAUCGACAGGAUUGCGGUGGUGCUGAAUUUUGGAUAUCCGAAGCGCUUGAUUUGUGGCGUGCACACUGAACGCGGCUUGCGGUCCGGCUCCAUCGGUCAAGACAAGUCUGCAACUAAGAGGAGUUACUAACUAUCCCUUAAGCAACAGACUGAUGAUGUGCCAGAGUGCCAAUGCGAUGUGGUCACGGUGGAGUGCCAUGCUAGUGUGGAUUUUCCUUCUCCUCUGUUGCUCUGCAAAUGUAGUCAGCACCAUCAUCUACCAGGUGACCGAGGAGCAGCCACCUAACACACUGAUUGGCAGCUUGGCAUCUGACCAGGGCCUGCCAGACACCGGUCAUCUUUACAAGCUCGAGGUGGGUGCACCUUACCUCCGUGUCGAUGGCAAAACCGGGGAUAUCUACACCACUGAGACCCCAAUCGAUCGUGAGACUCUCAAGGACUGCCGCAACCUUUUCGAGGGUGAUCCUUGUUUCCUAGAAUUCGAGGUAUCUAUUACAGACCUGAUGAAAGGCACUGGACCUCGGCUCAUCGAAGGCCGCAUCGAGAUCUUGGAUGAGAACGACAACACUCCACAGUUCUCUUCACCCGUCUUAACAUUGUCGAUCCCUGAGAACACGCACGUGGGUGCGCUUUUCGCAAUACCUGUGGCCACCGACAAGGAUUCGGGAAGCAAUGGCAUCGCCGAUUACGCGCUAUCGACCGGCCCAGAAGCUGCCAACCUUUUCAGCCUGCAGGUGGCGCAAGACUCAGAUGAGAAACUGCCACAACUCAUUGUAUUGGGAAACCUGGAUAGAGAGCAGCGAGAUUCAUAUGACCUCAAUAUAAAAGUGGUUGAUGGUGGCUCUCCUCCCCGCCAGAGUAGCGCCCUGCUCAGGAUCACCAUUACAGAUGCCAAUGACAAUGUGCCCAAAUUUGAGAAAUUACACUAUGAGGGUGAGCUCCCAGAAAACAGCCCAGUGGGUCAUUCUGUUCUACAAGUAAAGGCUAAUGACUCUGACAUGGGACCCAAUGGAGAGGUCACCUACAGCCUCCACCAGGCAUCACCAAUUGUCCAGAGGCUCCUUACCAUUGAUCGCAACACAGGUAUCAUUUUCGUCAAAGGCUCAGUGGAUCGUGAAGAUAUCAGCAUGCUCAAGUUCUACGUCCAAGCUAAAGACAAUGGUCCACAAUCAAAAAGCUCCAAAGCCCUUGUGACUAUUACAGUGAAGGACCAGAAUGACAAUGCACCCUUAAUCAGAAUCCGGGGCAUUGGCCUUGUGACGCAUGAAGAUGGUGUCGCUAACAUAUCGGAGGACAUGCCUGUAGGCACAGCUGUGGCUCUGGUGGAGGUAUCAGAUCACGAUGAAGGUGAAAAUGCAGUUGUGACCUGCGUGGUCGCAGGGGAUGUCCCAUUCCAGCUGCGUUCAGCUAGUGAAACAGGCAAUGACCGCAAGAGGAAAUACUUCCUCCAGACAACCAUGUUGCUGGACUACGAGAGGAUCAAAGACUACAGGAUUGAAAUUGUGGCAGUGGACUCUGGCAACCCUGCACUGUCCAGCACAAAUUCCCUGAAGGUGCAAGUGACAGACAUGAAUGACAACUCCCCAGUCUUCUCGCCCACUUUGUACGAGGUAGAAUUUGCUGAGGAGAACCAGCCAGGUGACAAGGUUUUGGAUGUGGUAGCCACGGAUGCCGACAGCGGGACUAAUGCAGAGCUGACGUACAGUAUCACUGGUGGAUCAGUCCCUGAUGGGCUCUUUGAAAUUAACCCUAACACAGGAGAAGUGCGUGUCAUGAGCCAGUUGGACCGUGAACAAUUAGAUCACUAUCAGUUUCUAGUCGCAGCAGCUGAUAAAGGUGUACCAAGCCUGAGAGGAACUGCCACUGUUGUUGUUAAGGUGCUCGACAGGAAUGAUAAUGACCCUAAAUUUAUGCUUAAUGGUUACAGCUUUUCAGUCCAAGAAAACAUGCCGCCCCUUAGUCCUGUAGGAAUGGUAACAGUUAACGAUCAUGAUGAGGGCGACAAUGCUCGUGUUCAACUCUCUGUAGAACCAGACAAUGGCAAGUUUAUGAUUCAAAACGGAACAUACACCAUACUUUCGACUAUUUCCUUCGACAGAGAAAAGGAGAGCACCUACAGUUUCCGACUUAAAGCUGUUGACGGAGGUGAUCCACCACGUUCCUCCUAUGUUGGCAUUACCAUUAAUGUUCUUGACGAAAACGACAAUGCUCCAUACGUCACCAAGCCCUCAAACUCUUCAUACAAGUUCUUGGAUCCUCGUACCAGUCCAGAAACCCAUGUAGAACGGGUUGAGGCAGAGGACAUGGACAUCGGUUUAAAUUCAGAACUGGAGUUCAGUAUUGUAGGAGGCAACCCACAUGGCUUGUUCCGCAUCUCUUCAGAAGGUGAGGUAACGUUGGCUAAAGAGUUCACAUCCAAACACAUUGGUCUCCAUCGACUGGUAGUAAAAGUUAAAGAUAAAGGCACACCGCCACGCCAUACAACCGCACUGGUUCACAUUUAUGUCAAUGAGACCAUCGGCAAUGUCUCUCACGUCGAAGGACUUGUUGGACACAGUCUUUACACACCACUUGAAAUGGACAUUGCGGGAGAUCCCGAUUAUUCUCGAGACCAGCAAAGUAACAUUAUUUUUGCGGUCUUGGGUGGCUUUUGUGUGGUCGUUCUAAUCAUUGCAGUGGCAAUGAUCAUCAGGCAUGUUGUGCUGAAGGAGAAUAAAAGUGGCUACCAGGCAGGCAAGAAGGAGACCAAAGAUCUCUAUGCCCCCAAACCAGGACCUAAGAGCAACAAGAACAAGAAGGCAAAGAAAAGCAAAGCUCCAAAGCCUGCCAACCCAUCUGAGGAGGAUGAGGGGGGGAGUCUCCAGAAAGGCCUAAAGUUCAACCUCAUGAAUGAUAGCGUCAAUGAUAGCCCUAGGAUUCACCUGCCGCUGAACUACCCCCCUGGGAGCCCAGACCUGGGGCGACACUAUCGGUCUAAUUCUCCUCUGCCGUCCAUUCAGCUCCAACCUCAGUCACCUUCUGCCUCAAAGAAACACCAGGCAGUGCAGGACCUGCCGGCCACCAAUACCUUUGUAGGAACCGGGGACAACAACUCAACAGGCUCAGACCAGUAUUCGGAUUACAGCUACAAGGCCAACUCUUCAAAAUAUAGCACCAAACAGCUCCCACAUCGCCGAGUGACCUUCUCCACAGCCAAUCAGGCACAAGAUCUGCAGGAUCCCUCUCAGCACAGUUACUACGACAGCGGCCUGGAAGAAUCAGAGACACCCAGCAGUAAGAGUUCUUCAGGGCCCCGUAUCGGGCCCCUCGCCCUACCUGAAGACCACUACGAACGCACUACCCCGGAUGGCAGCAUCGGAGAGAUGGAACACCCCGAGAACGAUCUGAGGCCUCUACCUGAUGUGGCCAUGACGGGGAAAUGCACACGCGAGUGUACAGAAUAUGGCCACUCGGAUUCCUGCUGGAUGCCUGGACAACCCUCACCCAACCGCACCAAGAGUGCCAAGAGCGGGCCCAAGCUCUCCACCUUCGUGCCUUACCAGGAGAGGGAGGGUCAGGAGCGCCUGAUGGCUGACAGCAGCUCUAAGCCUCACGGAGAGGAGCGGAGCGGAGGCGGGAGCAACAAAGUGGCCAGCAUUCGCUUUUUGCCUCCUUACACUAGUGCCUAUUCUACAGGCGGCGACUCUGGCAAGGACUGCCCCCGGGAGGAGAUCCCCCUGAGUCAGACAGCCGAUUACGCCCCUGCCACUACACCCUCCAGCCAAGGCUCCAAAAGAGAAAUCUACCUGUGAUUCACCAGUCGUCCGCCUAGGUUCGAUUCCACAUUUGAUCCAAUUUACUUGUGAUCAACAAUGCCUGUGAGAGGAUAAAAGGCCUCGUUGUCAAAACACCUGCUAAUUCUACCACACCACCCGAUUUACACAGACGUCUCGACGUGCAUCUCCAAUCCCCUCAGCCAUAAGCCUAAUGGCUGACACCAAACAGCUAGAGACCUUCUUUGAAACCCUCUGGGUUAUACACAGCCCUGCGCAUUGUUAGAGGCUCUGGUAGCCGAACUGAUAUGAAGGGAAUAAUUUGAAAAAAAGAGAAAACCAUUUUGUGAAUAUGAAAUGAAUUACACAAUCCCCAUGUAAACUUCUAACGAAAGAAUGUAAGGACAAUUUUUAAGUGAACUUUGUGAUAAUUUAAUGUCUAUGUUAUAUUCCUAUUUGAUUCGGAUUUGUUUGUUGAUUUUUGUUAGGGUUUUUUUUAUUAUUAUAUACAGUAUAUAUAAAUAUAUUACUUAUGAUCAGACUGUAGUUAUGCUUACCUUAAAACAUAUACACAUCCAAAUAGUACUUUUUUUUUUUUCUUCUGUGCGUGUGUAACUAAGAACUCGAGCCAGAAGAACUGGCAAACCAAAUACUGGCAAUCCAAGAGGGACAUACAUUCUUAACACGUAUACUUUACAGAAAAGAAAACAUUCACCUUUCUUUAAGCACUGAAGAGAAACCGUUUCUUACAUUUGUCUUUUUUCAUAGGAAACUCUUUUCUUAAUGUACAGUGAUGUAAAUACUACACGUCUGACGGAACAGUUUUGAUUUAUGAUUUAGCUGUACAGACCCUCGAGCCACGGCUUCCGUUGACAAUAGUAGAAGGGACAUUGCUCAGAGGAUUUGCCUCCCUGUCAGUAAAAGAAGGACAACAGUUUUGGACCUUGGAAUGCUAAAGAUAAUCCAUAGUAUGAGCCUCUGCAGUCUAACAACUUGGGACUCGAGCGGACAUGGAAUUUGGGGCAAAAUCCAAGGGAAACAAAUGGAUUAAAGCAGGUUUGCAUGAUGCCAUUUGUCAUUUCGGACAAAUUUGACGGGCUUCAUCGGUUCCCAGAGGAAGCUCUCCAAGUGACUUUUCCUCUGUAAUACUCUCGUACUUCUUCAAAAGACUAUCUACAAGUAGCUGAGGCUUUAGGUGAGUUGCCCUCUGGAAGAGCUUUGUUCAACCCAUCCCAUCCGUAGGGAGGAGCAACGACUUUCACAAAAAAACAAACAAAAACAAAACAACAAAAAAAAAAAAAGAACUGUUCAUGUGCUGUGCAAUAGCCUACUCGUUUUCGGACAUGUCAAACUCUGUUGUCUAGAUUUGUGGUUUUGUCAGAGAUCUCGGCUCUGCUCUGUGGUGGGUCUGACCUUGUCAAAAUGAACGCUCACAAGAGGUAGACGGGUUCAAAAAUCGUGACAGCAGAACAUUUCUCUCAUGUUUGACCGCAUUAAAGUUGUAUUCAACAAGUCCAGUAUAUUCUAAAACAUCAGAGAUUCUGUUUAAAAUGUACUUUGAACGUAUGACAUGAUAAGACUCCUGCAGCGAGCUCAGAAACGUCUAAACCUCACUAACCUAUUACCGUAAAGUCACACUGACACUCGCCUAAAGGGGGCAAAGUGCUAAUUUCCACAACUGAAAGCGUGGUCUUUCAGAGAGAGAUUACAGAAAGUUCAUUUAGGGCCGUUAUUAAAAGAGGCUGAUUGUAACAGGGAUUCCAUCAGUUGGGAUGCAGGUCAGCAAAAGCUAUAAUAAGUAUUCGAGGCCCACAAAAAGUACACCAUAAUUUACACCAUGUCACACAGCUAAAGUCGCCACUUAAAACCAACUAUUCAGCUCCAGCGAUUUGGCAGUUAACUUUUUAGGCGUUCAUACAAUAUUGUCAGAGCUAUGUGCUUUGUGUUUAAUACUUGGUAAAGUCUCCUUUAAAAAAUGCAAAGGCUGGUGUCUCAGGUGACAGACACCUUUGAUGUGACACUUCCUUAUGUGUGUGAGAAUUCAUUUAGUUCACGGCUGACCCCUUAUUUGAACACUGGCAAACCAAACACCUCAAUGACUAAGUAAAUAAGAUGUAUUUCCAGUUUGACAGGGUUUUUGGUCUCUGCAUGCCCUGCGACGCCCCCUAUGGACAAACAUUGCCGAGCUUGUCGCAGCCUUGGGGCAGACCGGAGGAGAUACUGAAAGACCUCACUCGGUCUAAGUGUUGAUUUGAGAACACUGACACUCUCGCUCCAUUGUACACAUUUAACUUCCUGUUCUUUUAAUCAUCCCAGUGAUUACUGACCUUAAAGGUGUUUUCUGCAGUGACAAACAGAAGCUGCCCAGGCUGCAUGAACCCCAAACGCUGCAUGACAGGUAGACAGUCUCUCGCUCCCACUGGGAAAACCUGGAGUUUAUCCCCGGAGAGCAACUGUCACAGAUACUGAUAGGUCAAAUCACUCGGAGUGUGUGUGCGUGUGUGUGUGUGCGUGCGUGUGUGCGCACACCUGUGUAACUGUGUAGAUGCACGGAGGGAUCCGUUCACUGCCUUUAAAGCAAGAAAUUUUCAAGUGCUACACGUUAAUUUCAGAUUUUUGCUAGGAUUUUUAAUGGCCAAAUUGUGUUGUGGCAUUUCAUUGAAUAGGAUGGCUCUUGCUGUGUGAAACAUUGGACAACGGUGAAGAGAAUAUGAUGGAAAAUAAAUAACAUGUCUUAUACACUCGGCGUAGGGUGAAAAACAAGCAAGAAUGCAUUAUAUAAGAGGAAAGACAGUCCAUGUCUUUAUCAUCCUGCAGUUGUAGCUGUUAGUUCGUUAGUCAGACAGCAAUAUAUUUUAUUCUGUCUUUUUUGGUAGUUUCUUAAUCAAAGAGACCAGUGUUAAUGGAAGUCUGAAUGAAUCUGUGGCUAAUAAUGUAUUCUCAUUCAGUGUGAUUUUACUUUAUUUAUUUUUUUAUUAUUAUGGUUGUAUUUAUGGUUUAGUUUAUUGUUUAAGAAAAUUGAAGACAUUCAGAUUUUUUUUCCAUACCAAUCUCUCUUUAGUUAAUGAUUUAAGUUCCACACAACCCCGUUAGUUAUUAGUUUUCGUUAUCCACAAUACAAAGCAAAAUUUACCACAUUUUAUACAUAUACAUAUUUCUUUUUGGUGAUGAUGAUGAUGAUGAUGUUGUAUAUUGCAGCACAGUGAUGAGCAAAUAAUGUAAACAAUCACUUAUUUUUGGCACCUAAAGCACAGAAUAUUGGUUUGUUUUCUUUAGGAUUUUGUCUGUUUUGUGAUCAGGCUCAAAUGGAAUCUGCGUUUUUUUUUUACGUUUUUUUUUAAGGGAAAAAAUCUGUGUAAUGGAUUUGAACAUGGUAAAAUGGGUUAAAUAGAGCUUAAUCGGUAGCUAAAAGCGUUAUCAAAUUAGCCAAAUAUUUAAUAAACCAACACACGAGGGGUGGAGGAUGUGUAUGGCUUUUUUAAAUAAUGGGCGUUCCGGUUCUGUGGAAAUCUAUGGAGCUUUCUGCCGGCUCAGAUUCCGUGUGGGCCUGUUCAUGACUGAUGUUCAAUUUCAUCCUACUGUAAGCUCUAUUUCAUUUGUGCUGAAUCGUGUAUUUGAUUACAUGGAAAUCAAUCAAAUCCAAUGUGACUUAAGAAUCAGUUCUUUGUCUGACACAUGGACUCAUUUUGGAGCAGAGCCACCCGCUGCAUUUGUCCAGGUAUUAGGAGUUAUGAACGAACAUGUCAUCGUGUUGUAAUGUCACCGUGCAUAAUGAGGCUCACCAUGCAUCUCUGCGCAUAAUAGAAGUAGAGAGUAAACAGCAUCAUUCUACCCCUCGAAAAAGAUUAAAAACGAAAUCAGUAAUUUAUUUUGUGAAGCGGUGGCUGAGCGGCUUCAUUACUAUGACUUUGGCUCUGAAAUGAACCGAUAGCGCUUUAGCGGUUUGUGGGCGUCUGCCUUCGUAUGAUUUCGAUAUUAAAAACUCUACACUAAGUAAUUGAAGAACAGCCACCGUUUAAUAGAUAAUUACAGGAAGUACAAGUUUGUAGCCUAAGUGUUGGUUAUAUUUAUAUCAAAACGCUUGUGAUGCCUUGUUUUCUUUGUACAGUUUUAUGUACAUGCUAAUAACGUGGCUUUUAAAAAAAAAAAGAGAACAAAAAAAAGAACAUGUUGAAAGACAAAUUGAAAUUGUAAAAUAUUUUUAAAAGUAGAAUAUGUUAGGAUGAGGGUGUUUGGGGGUACACGGUUGGUGUGCCAGUGUCUAAAAUGUCAUCAGUAACCAUUCACUGGCUUCUAGUCUAUUUUAAAGUUUUACUGUCUCUUUUUAUGAGUCUUAUUUUUUUUUCCUGAGUUUUGUGUUAUUUGCAAAACAGUGGCUUUGAAAAGUUUUAGCCCUUAUUCGUUCCAUUAUGUUCUUAUCAAUAUCCGCAUGUUAAACACGAUGAGGAAGAAAAAAAGAGAAAAAAAAAAUGUUGUCUUUUAUUUUUGCUGAGCAAAUCAAAGAAAUACUAUCUUGUAAGUACUCCUUCCUUAUAGCUUUACAAUAAAAUACGUUCUGUAAAA